GCAAUAUUUGACAAGUAACCAUCACACACCUGUCUCAGAUUACUUCGUAGGCCGGUCGCCCUUACUAUGUCCUCCAAGGCCUUCAGUCACAACCCUCAGAACAAAUCCAUCAAUGAUUUUACGAAAACGCUCGCGGCAGAUGUACGAAUGUUACUUGCAGAGGUUGGGAGGCUGAGGGAAGAAAAGGCGCAAUUGCAGUCUGAAAUUGGUGAAUUAAUGCAGUUGAAAUCAAAACACGGAGCAAGAGGAAUUGGACCUGGGGGGGAACUCGCGAUUUACACCCCAGGACCUCCAGGCUGGGGCACACCUGCGCCGGAAAUAUCGGCUACUUCGCCACCACCCGAUCUGAUGGAGCCAGCCAGACCAGCAUGGAGAACGGUGAACAAGAGAAUGCCCCGAAAGAAAACCACACCUUUACAUGCACCACAUGCACCACUUCCGCCUACUUCACCUCCCCCGCCCCCGAAUCUACCAGCCUGGGCACAGUGGAGACCUAAUCCCCUUCACUCUCCUGCCCCGUUACUUCCCUCUGUCGGAUCACCUUUACCUGGGUCACCUGCCGUUGUCGGGCGAGCUGGGCUUUUUGGCCCUCCGUCUCCUCCACCCAGAUAAGGAUAUUCCUAGAGCACCUUGAAUUGAUCCUUUCAAUACCAGUCAUUGUACAUUACCACUGACAUUCACUGUAACGAUAAGUUUGGGAUCAUCAGUCCGAGACUAUCGGUCGCGAAACGUUUGGAAGCUUCAAAUUCAACGAGAUAGAAUGCUGAAAUAUUGAUCCUGAUCCCGAAGGAAGGAAGGAAGGAAGAAAGACAUUCGCAUAACUUGAA